UUGUAAACAAACUAAAUAUUUUCUUUACAAUUUCCAUCAUCGCGAACAUUUACAGAACUAAUAUGUAGUUUAUUUAUUAAAGUUUGUGUUAGAUAUAACGCAAAUGUCUCGCCCGCCUAUGAUUUUAGGUAAUUUAAUUACACUGACUUGUGGGGUAUGCAAACGUGGACCUACCUUAGUAAAUCUUCUGUUUUGGGUUAUUGAGGGAUUAGAAAAAGAUGCUAGGAAGUCGCCGCAAAACUUAUGCUGAAAAGGUUCCUGUGUCACCCUUGAAGAAAGUCACAUUUUAUGGACCUGUAACAAGUAGAAAAGGGGAACAGCUUCGUCAUGUAGGAAAUCAGGCUGUUUCUCCCAGGAGAACCGUAUUUUCAGUAUCACAGUCUUCACGCAGCAAACAUGACAUAGAUUUUAACUCAACAGUGCAUUUACGUCCCAAGAGUAGUGAAGAAAGACCUCAUUCUAAAACAUCUGUGUUAGGAAAACAAAUGAAAACAAGACUAAAUUGCAAUCAUACUAAACCAAAGUGUGAGGCUUGCAUUGCCAGUAAAAAGAAAGCAGCAAAGCAGAGGCAUAGGUCACUUAUAGCAGACAUUCCAAGACAAAGCCAUGUUUUACCCUCUACAAGAAGUCAUCCUAGAGGCAGCACAGAUGGUAGGAAACUCUAUGACAAAGAUGAUGGAAACAAUUCAUUAUCCAUUUUAGAUGCAACUUGGAAACCAGGGUUGGAUACUUAUGCUGGACAGCAGAAUGGAUUGGAUAAUAAUGGUACUUUUUCAGUUAACAAUGGUUUGAAAUCCAGGCAGUCCUCAGAGGAAGGGACUAGGAAGAAGGUUCAGUUUGUUGAUGGAAUUGCCAAUAAAGAAGAAAAUUUACCUAAUCAUUCAAGAAGUUACAUUGUGAAUGAUUCUGCAAGUAAACAGAGCAGUGACUGGCAUGGCCUUCAUAGGAAAGAUAAUUCAUGUAAUUUGCAAGCAGAUUCUGACACUAUAAAAAGUGACAAUAAUACUGAGCAUCGUGAAAGUGAAAGGCGGCAUGGAUAUUCAUCAAAUAAAGAUGAUGAAUAUGAUAGCACUACUACUGACCAAGAUACAAAACUUGGAGAUGGUGACACUUGUAAAAUAUGUGAUUCACUGAAGCGUCGGUGUUCAAAACAUUCAAAGAUCGAUCCCUUGUUAGGUUCUAAAAGAGACUGGCAUCCACCUGAUAGGCAACGUUCUCACUCGUUACCAAUAUCAUCUUCUAGUUCUGAAGCUGAACACUGUGUGUUGUGCCAAAGAUAUAACAAAAAGCACUACUACAUUGAUAGCUCAGGCUCCUGCAGCCUGUGUGAAGUUCCCUACAGAAAUCGACAGAUGCCUAGUUGUUUGCAUCACAAGGUACCUGAAGCUUCAGCACAAUGUUCACACCAUACACAGUUAAGGCCUCCAAUCCACAGACAGAGGUCUACUCCAGUGUUUUUCUCAGAUGGAGAGGAGGACUAUCUACUGAAGAGAAAAAUUCCUUAUGAGCCCAAAACAGAAUUAGUCAAAGACCUGAAGAAGAAACUGGAGGAUGAUUACCUUCACAGAGAAUAUUUAAGAAAGAGGAGAAAUUUCCACAGACGUUGGAGGUCUUGGGAUGCAGAAGAUCUGGAAGAUCUUCGGAACUUCCGUCAACAUAGGUGUGAAAAUCUGCAUGAAUAUAUGCCUCAGCAUAAAUGUGUUCACCGAUACCUUCAGAACAACCGAUUAUUUUUGGAGCCAGCAUUAACAGAUGAAGAUGGGAGCAGUCUAUGUAGUGAAUGUGGUGCACCAAAGCCAGAUGAUCCUAACAGAGACCCUUACCUUUACCAUAUUACUCUCGGAGGGCUGCAUAACAAAGAUAAGUAUCUCAAAGAAAAUAUAAACAUGACUUACAGAGAUGUCCUUUCAAACAGGAACAGGAGCCAGAGAACUUCUUACUCAGCUAGAGAUUCUACAGAAAAGCCAACUAGAGAGACAUCAAGGCAUGCUUUUGCAAAAUUGAAUCGUAAUGUACACAACAUACUUCCUUUGAACUCACACUAUCACCUUCAACCACAUCUUGCUGAUGAGUUGCGAUAUAGAGUAAAUCCUCAUAGUAGGCGCCAUCCAAGUAGAUCGAUGGCACUAGUUGAUCAUUUACUGUAGUAUGUUAGUGGUGCUGAAAUUUGUACUUAAUGUUUUUAUCUUAAUGGAGCUUUUAGUGCUUUAAUCUUCUUUCAUUUUAUUUCUUACACUUGCAUAAAAACAACAAAGAAUUUGUAUAAUCCUUAAAAGACAUCGCUACAUCAUGGCUAGAGGAAGCCUUCAAUGGGGCAGUUACCCUUACUUUUACUGUAAAAUUGUGCCAUAAACACCAAAUUGAAU